AUGCCGAACUUUCGACAGAGACGCGAAGCAGCCGCUCGUCGCCCAAAUGAAAAGCGCGACGCUCGCAGCGCAUUCCAGGAUGCCAUCCAUGCCUUCGAAUCGUUAAGCAGUACCGGGUCAGACAAAGAUGCCAACUCGUCAGACACACCUGGGACAGCUAAGCCCGUUUAUAGAGUAUCUGAGCUUAGUGAUGUGGAAGCUUCAGAAGAAGAAGACUUGUCCGAAGAGUUUUACGAAGUAGAAAGAAUUGUUGGUCAUGAGAACACUGAAAAGGGAUUGUUCUACUUGGUGCGGUGGAAAGGGUUCGGUAAGGCUGAUGACACCUGGGAACCCGCUGAAAACUUGUCGCAUGCAACAAACGCUAUCUCUGACUACGUGUUGUCAAGGAAAAUAGUCCUAAAGAGUGCUCUCCAUUUGACGCAACCAUGGCUGUAUGAAAGAGACUCAGAUGAGUCGGAUGCGGACAAAAAGCACGAACAACGGAUAGAGCAGCGGAAACUUAUUGUACAGGAGCGUGAGAGGAUCGAUGAAGAAGAUAAACGGCGCAAAAAACAGAAAGAGAAAUCUUUUGAAAGAUGCAGCAGCAUGACACCGGGUAACAAGCGUAAAUGGCAGGCAGAAAGCAGUUAUCCGGACGAUAGUGAGAGUUCGAAGGCGGAUGAACACUAUGAAGUUUUGUAUGGGGCGAUACCAGUGGAACUCUCUAAGGAGUCUGACAACGUUUUUGUUGGUUAUGAUGCUGUUGUUCCUGGUGGCGAGCGAUCUACUGCUAAUGAGCGCAAUGUGGAUGAUCAGCAGCAGAUAUUUGCCGUCGGAAAAACUAAUGACGGUCGAAUCAAGGUGUUAGUUGGCACCGAUGAGGCGAGAAGACUCGUUUCCUUAAGCGGUUAG